GCGCAGUCGUGUACCAUGUCUCUGGCGUGGGCGUCAGCUGGUGUGACAGAGCCGAGGUGUAUGCGAUUGUUCAGCUGUGACAGGCCAGCUGUCCUCCAGAAAAAGCAUCCCAAGGAGAAAGAAUCAUCAUCACAGAUCUUGAAAUCAAGAUCUGGCUUCUCUGGAUUGUGUGUCUUCGGUAAAGGAGACCCCAAGAGGACCGAUCAGUUCUUGAAUUCUAAAACCAUGGCCCACGAACAAAGAAAAGGCAAGGCUAGCAGAUGGUACCAGGGUUUGGUGACGUUCUCCGAUGUAGCCAUAGACUUCUCUCAGGAGGAGUGGGCAUGUCUGGACUCGACGCAGAGAGACCUGUACUGGGACGUGAUGCUGGAGAACUACAGUAACUUGGUCUCGCUGGAUUUGGAAUCACCGUAUGAGACCAAGAGUUUACCUACACAGAAGGGCACUUAUGAGAUCAAUUUUUCCAAACAGAACUCAAAUAGAAAAAGUAAAUCCCUUGGCCUUGACUGGAUGUGUGAAGGUGAGUUUGAAAGACCACAGGCCCCACAAGAGGGAUAUCUCAAUCAAAUCAACUGUGGGAAAACGCCCACUUGCAGAGAAAAUACCUCUGUCCGACCACAUCAGAGACUUCAUAACAGGGAAAAUUCCUAUGAAUGUAAGGAAUGUGGGAAGGCCUUUAGCCGAGGCUAUCAACUUACUCAACAUCAGAAAAUUCACACCGGUGAGAAACCCUAUGAAUGUAAAGAAUGUAAAAAGGCCUUCCGUUGGGGUAAUCAGCUUACUCAACAUCAGAAAAUUCACACUGGUGAGAAACCUUACGAAUGUAAGGACUGCGGGAAGGCGUUUCGGUGGGGUUCAAGCCUCGUUAUUCAUAAGAGAAUUCAUACGGGUGAGAAGCCCUAUGAAUGUAAAGACUGUGGGAAGGCCUUCCGACGCUGUGAUGAGCUCACUCAGCAUCAGAGGUUUCACACUGGUGAGAAAGACUAUGAAUGCAAAGACUGUGGAAAGACCUUCAGCCGAGUGUAUAAACUAAUUCAGCAUAAGAGAAUCCACAGUGGUGAGAAACCCUACGAAUGUAAAGACUGUGGGAAGGCCUUUAUUUGCGGUUCCAGCCUCGUUCAACACAAGAGAAUUCACACCGGUGAGAAGCCCUAUGAGUGCCAAGAAUGUGGAAAGGCCUUUACUCGUGUCAAUUAUCUCACUCAGCAUCAGAAAAUUCACACUGGAGAGAAACCUCAUGAGUGUAAGGAAUGUGGGAAAGCCUUCCGUUGGGGUUCGAGUCUUGUGAAACACGAGAGAAUUCACACGGGUGAGAAGCCAUAUAAAUGUACAGAAUGUGGGAAGGCCUUUAACUGCGGCUAUCACCUUACUCAGCAUGAGAGAAUCCACACUGGUGAAACGCCUUACAAAUGUAAGGAAUGUGGAAAGGCCUUUAUUUAUGGGUCAAGCCUUGUCAAACACGAGCGAAUUCAUACAGGGGAGAAACCCUAUGAGUGUAAAGAAUGUGGGAAGGCCUUCAGUCACGGCCAUCAACUUACACAGCAUCAGAAAAUUCAUACUGGUGAGAAACCCUCUGAGUGUAAGGAAUGUGGAAAGGCAUGUAAACGUGGAAACCAUCCUCCAGAACAUCAGAGAAUUCAUGCUGUUGAGAAACCUUUGGGGUACAAAGAGCGUACAGAGGCCUCUAUUCAACAUUCAUUUCUUCCACAACAAGAGGAAAAUCCGUGAUAAGACUUAACGCAGGAAAGCCUUCACUGGUCCCUCUUCUGCUUAUAGAAUAUCAGAAGUCAUAUGAGAAGUGAAUUUGGAGAAUUGGAGAAAUCACUUUUUCUUAUUGAUCACAACAUACUCAGUUGUAGACUAUUUUCUACUGGAUAGGUUUCCUGAACGCGUAGAAACCUUCCAAUACCAUUUCAUCUCUGUCGUAUUUCAGAUUUGUUCUAAGGUAAAACUCUGCUAAUGGAGCCUAUGUGGGAGAGCUUUUCUCAUGAUACAUACCCCACCUGUUUCCAUCACCAUCCCACCUCUUUACUCCCUGUGAGGCACUGAGAAAAUGAGCUAUUACUCCCUGUGCGUCAUCUGUGAAAUGGGGAUAAUCACAUCUACCUAAUACUGCUGUUGUGGUUAUUAAAUGAGUUUGGUACAUGUAAGCUCCUUGAACGUGUAUCUGAAAUGUUGUGUAAGCUCAAUAAAUAUUAGCUGUUGUUGUUCUCAUUACCAUUAACAUUGCUAUUAGUGAAUUUUUACAAGAAGACCCCCUGCGGGUCCAGUGAACUGAAAAAAGACUGUCAAACUUCUAGAAGAAAAUAUGGGGAAUUCCCUGGUGGUCCAAUGGUUAAGACUCCGUGCUUCCACUGCAGGGGGGCACAGGUUCGAUCGCUGGUUGGGGAACUGAGAUCCCACAAGCCGUGCGGCAUAGCCACAAAAAAAAAAAAUAGAAAAUUUAGGAGAUUAUUGUCACAGCAUUGGGGUAGGCAGCAUUU